CGCAGUUGCGCAUGCGCCUGUGAGACGUGCCGCUGAAAGGUUUCAUGGCGGUGUAGCUUAGCACGCUGCUGUCACGGUUCCACGUUGGUGUAGCCUCUGAGGGAAAAGACUACAAGAUUUAAAGUCAGCUGAUCAACCAGUCGCUCAUCGCCUGACGAAGCCACAGAUGUUUUACUAGAAUGAGAGGCGUUGAAGAGCAGGAAGAAUCAUCCUGUUACCAACGGGUUGUGUUGAAGAACGCUUCACCGUACCACUACAUGAAAGUCCACCUAGUGCUCGAGGAUGAGUCAACCAGACUGAGUGCAGUGGAACUGAAGCACUUCAUCAUCACAGGCCUGAAGAAUCUGUAUGGAGAGGUGGGAGCAGCGUUGACCUUUGACGUGUUGAAGUAUGAUGAAGACACACUGACUGCUCUUCUUCGUGUUUCCAGCAGGGGUUUGGUGAAGCUGUGGAGCUCUCUGACUCUGCUGGGUUUCUAUCAGAGCAAGGCCUGUGCCUUCAGAGUGCUGCAGGUAUCUCCGUUCCUGCUAGCGCUGACAGGAAACAGUCGUGAACUGCAGCUCGACUGAAGCAGAAGGCAUAUUUUUUCCUUCAAUAUGAGUUUUCUAUGGAGGAGCGUCUUUACCAGACUCCGCCCCCCCCCUAUC